CAUUUCCAAAAGAAUAGCUCGAAACAAAGCAGAAAGAGAUAAAAGCAAUGACAAAACAUUCUGCUGUUUAGAAGCAAUCCCUUUGUUAGCGUACUGGUCACCUUUCUUCUUCCUUACAGUUAAAGCCGUCAUCUGAAGCCAGUGAUAUGGAUAACUAUUCCCUUUUUACUAACACGACGAGGCAUCAAGAUGAGCGAAUGGCUGACGACACAAAGGUUGUCCUGUACUCUAUCCUACUUGUUUGGUCUCUCAUUGGCAACGUUCUGGUCAUCGCUGUUGUCUUUUCGAAUGAUAUCAAAACUAUAUUCAAUGGAUUGAUUGUGAAUAUGGCUGUGUCUGACUUGUUCGUGCCCUUACUUGCACUUCCCUUGAAAAUUGUCGAGUCAUCUAGAGGACGUUACAAUGAGUGGCUAGUGGAAGGUCCUCUUGGUGAAACCCUGUGCAAGCUGUGUUACUUUUUCAUCGAUAUAUCACCAGCCGUAUCCGUUUUUAGCCUAAUCAUCAUAGCUGUCAACAGGUUUGUGGCGAUCGUAUUUCCAUCGUCAUUAAAACGAUGGAGCGGAAAGAUUCAGAGGGUGUUGCUCAUGUUUACUUGGGUUUUCUCAAUGGCACUUCUCUCUCCAUACUUCUAUACUUUUCGCCUCAAACACAUCAAUGGAUUAACUUAUUGCCUUAGUACGUGGAGCCCGGCUUUUGAAGACAUCCCAGCACGAACUCUCUUCAUUUCCAUCCUUAUUGUCGCAGUAUUUCUUAUUCCAUUUUUGACAAUUACUGUAUUGUAUGUAAUGAUGUUGAAAAAACUUAUCCAACACUCAAAAACUGUUGAAAAUUCAUUUAACAA